GAUGCCUGCAAUCCAAGUGGUAUGUAUGGCGUCGAGAGAGAGACAGAUGAUGCUGCUGGGAGCAUUCAGAAUUCAGAACCUAGCAGUCGGCCCACAAAUGACUCAGAUUUUUCUUCGUUUGACAUUGUUAAAGCAACACAGUAUGGAGCUUUGGAGAGAUGUAAGGAAUUGAUUGAAGGUGGUUAUGAUAUAAAUAAACGAGAUAAUGAAAAUGUCACACUCCUACACUGGGCAUCGAUCAACAACAGAAGAGAUAUUGUCAGAUACUACAUAUCGAAAGGAGCAAUAGUGGAUGCCAUAGGUGGAGAGCUUAUGUCUACACCUUUGCACUGGGCAACAAGACAAGGCCACCUAGGUAUGGUUGUGUUACUUAUGAAGUAUGGGGCUGAUUCCUCAAUGCGUGAUGGUGAAGGCUGCUCCUGCAUACACUUGGCAGCACAGUUUGGUCAUACAGCUAUUGUUGCCUACCUGGUAGCAAAGGGUGCCAAUGUGAAUCUAAUGGACAAGAAUGGAAUGACACCUCUCAUGUGGAGUGCAUACAGAGUCACCAGCCUGGAUCCCACAAGACUGCUUCUGACUUUUGGAGCUAGUACUUCUAUGGCAGACCGUUUACAUGGUAACACAGCAUUGCAUUGGGCAGUGAUAGCAAAAAAUCACAUGGCAGUCAGUGUAUUAGUUAACCAUGGGGCCAAUGUUGAUAUUGCAAAUUCUCAGGGUGAAUCAGCAUACAGCCUGAUAAUGAAGAGAAAAACACAGUGGCUGGAUAAGAAAGUACUAGAUAAACUGCAAGAAAUGCAGAAAUCAUCUAGAAAUAUCUGCUAUCGAAUUUCCAGUGAUAAGAGUCUCCGCUACUGGACGAUGAUCAGCACACCAUUUAUUGUAUUUUACAUUGUUGGGCUUGUGUUACAACUGGACAUGCUCUAUCUUCUGAAGAUUGCCCUUUUCAUGACAGUGUAUCUUGUAGUCUAUGGCAUCUCGAGAAUUCUGUUCGAUGAACGCCUGAUGACUGUCAUGCCCAUGGCAGUGUACCUUGCAACAAAGUUCUGGUGUUAUGUAACUUGGAUAUUGUACAUUCAUCCAUAUUCAGGCCUUGAAUGCACAGCUCUGUUUCUUCUCUCAUCACUUAUUCUGUGGUAUAACUUCAUGAGAGCAUGGAGAGGAGAUCCAGGAGUCAUUACCGCUGAUCAGGCACAGAAGUACCAAACCAUAAUUGAAUUAGCAGAGAGAGAUGGCUUUGAUCCCCAAUGGUUUUGUUCAACUUGCCUGGUGCGACGUCCAAUACGUUCAAAACAUUGCUCCGUUUGCAACCGCUGUAUUGCAAAGUUUGACCAUCACUGCCCAUGGGUUGGAAACUGCAUAGGAGCAAACAACUUGAAGUAUUUCAUUGGAUACCUGGUAAUGCUGUGUAUGAUGUGCUGCUUUGUCCUCCAGGGCUGCUUUUACUUCUGGAAUGGUGCUUGCAACGUUUACAUUUCCAAACAGGGGCUUUGGUCUAGUUUAGGGUCAAUAGCAACAUGUGAACCCUGGGUGGCAUGGGUUGGCGCCAAUGCCAUUUUGCAUGCUGCUUGGGUUGCAACACUCCUUGGAUGCCAGCUUUACCAGGUCCUGAUUUUGGGUAUGACAACUAAUGAAAGAAUGAACUGCUACCGAUACAAACAUUUCCAGGU